AUGGCUACCACAGUGAGGGCAGCAGUCUGUCUGUGCCUCUGGCUUUUUGCCUGCCAGGUCAGAGGAUCCCACAUCCCAGCAGAGAUGAACUUGACCAUCCAUAGGCUGUUGCAGCACUAUAAAAUUUCAAACCAGGAAAGAUUUAAUGGGAAACCCGUAUUUCCUAGUGACCAGAACAAAAAAAUCGAGACCAAGUUGAUCUUCAUGGGUGGUGUUUUGGAGUCGUACGAAAAGCUGCUUGGCCACAUGUUGAAACAACUGCCCACUCCGAGUCCCCAGAUCACCGGGAGCAACGCGCAACCUGGCUCGGCCAUCACCGCCGCCUCCAGCAGCACCAACAACUCAGGCUCGCUACCAGGCACAGAUGUCAGAUCAGAGCUGAAUUACAUCCUGAAGAAGGUCCAGGAGCUGAAGAAACACCGCUACCAUGAGCAGGAGAAACUUCUGCAGGGAUUGGAGACCCUCAGAGAUAUCAAGAUGAAUGACCACAUCGUUCAGAGCAAAGCACUUUGGCAGCUGCCACAGCUGUACGAAGAGGCGAGCUCACUCCCCGAAAUCAAGAUCCAGAGGAGACGCAGACGGCGGAGGCAAACAAAGGCUAAAGGUCGCCCCAGAGUUUAA